AUGUCUACAGCAACACCAAAUCUCCAGGGCUAUCAAACCAACUUGAAUAAACUGGCUGAAGUUAGCUUUCCCUUCGGAUCAGAGAAUAUUAGGCAAGCAAUUUAUUGUCCCUAUCCUGAUAAAACUUUAAUUGUUGCUGCCAAAGCAAUGAACCAACAGCAACCCUAUCAAACUAAAAUUGUUGUUGCCGAUUUUUCAUUCAAUGAUGAUGAUCCACUUGCUAUGCAAGUUAAUAUAUCAAUAGUUAAUGAAUAUCAGCUAAAUAUUGAAGGAGCACUAUACACUAUACCAGUACUGUUUCCCUUAAAAAAGGAAAAGUGUUUCCUGACCAUUAUUAAUAUUGCUGGAAAGAGAGAAUUACGAAAAAUUGAUAUUGAGAGUGGUGAUAUUGUGUGGAUAAAGCCGGGAGUUGAGACUGAUACUAUUGUGGAGGAUGAUAGGGGGAUAUUAUUUUACUUCUCCUAUGAUGGAUAUUUAACAUUGAUGGAUUCAGUGACUGGAUUUAUUCUCGAUAAAAUUCGAGUGAAAAUGCGAAUGUUUAAUGGCAUUGGAUGGGAUGUAAAUGAUAACUUGAUUGUGGGAGGAUACGAUUCAAAGUAUUUAUAUUUUACGAGAGUGUUUACCAAGAAUGGUAAAGUUGUAAAGAAGAAAACUAACUAUGCGUAUUUGACUUUUACUACGAAAGUAGAUAGAUACAAUCGUAAGACCUAUAUACAUUCUAAUAAUUCGCAGUGUUUAACAACCUUUGAUGUGGAAGGAAGACUAAUUGAAAAUGUACAGUUUGGAAAUAGUACUAGUUUGUGUGGAUUCUUCUUUCUGAAAGAUUGCAAAUACAUGAUGAUUUUUCUUGAAUCAAGUCUAGCUAUUUAUGAUUGA